AUGGUGCAGCAACGGCGCGCCCGCCCUAGCCACAGAGCCACAGUCCGUGGGGACUUGGCACUACUCCCACGGACAACAGUGGGUGCCAGUCUCAGCCUGUUGCACAUGGCCCGGCUUCCCCUAUUGCCCUACCCACUACCCGUUUGCGAUGCCCCAGGGAUCAGGCUGCCAUGUGCCGGGUCCAGCCUGUCCCUUGCUGUCCCCGCUGUCCCUGCUGCUCUUCCCUCCCAGUGCGCAGCCGGUUCUCGACUCUCCGCCAACUCCCUCCUCCAUUGCUCGGAAAUGAGGCCUACCGCGCCCAGUUUCCACUCCGUUUCCGGUCGGUGGCUCCAAGAUGCUGCUCCUCCUCACUGGCUGGCCUGCCGCGGCGCUAUGCUCUCUUGUCCCGCUCCCGAUCUGUGGGAAAUAAAUGAGGCAAUAUUGCAGAUGAGCAACACGAGCAUUUCGAUAUUCUAG